AUGUUGACUUCAUCGACAGACAGUUCCUCUUCUUCGAGCGUCUCCUCCGAGGUGCACUCACCAGACCAACACCCAUCACCGCCACCGGUCUUUAUCCGUACUUUCUCGCCGAAUUCCCGCCGCCGGAACGCCAUGCCAGUCAAGUACCCUCGGUUUUAUUCGUCCCCCAUGGACCAAGAACCCGACUCAACCCCUCUUCAAGUCUACGGCCUCGAACAACGAGAGCCCUCCAUCUACGGCGGCAAACCACCCAAGCUCCUCCGCCGAGUCUCGCAUGUCCUCGGCGACAUCCGCGAAGACUUCACACUUCAAUUAGAGACUCGUCAAACCCUCAAGCGGCGUUCAACUGUCUACUCGGACGGACCCGGAUUCAGCAUUCCUCCUUCACUCCCGGAAGUCCCAAUGACAUCCCACGGACCUCCGCGGUCGCGACCGAUGUCCAUCAUCUCCUUCGAUAACUGGUCCGCACCGACACGAGGAAUGAGCCAGCGUAUUUCGCGGCGGCUUUCGGUCUUCUCUUCGCGGGGCAAGGCGCCCAGCUCCAAAGCAGCCAGCAUCUCCUCCCCGAAUCUGAUCGGCUCAUCGACUCAAUACGGAAACAGCAGCCAAGAUUCCCUCUAA